AUGUCCAUCGCAUUGCGCAGGGGUACUUGCUUAGCCUUUCUCGCUUCAAAAGCUCCUGCUGGCAGCUAUGUGCAAGUGGUCAAUAUCGACGUGUUCAAGCAGGCAGAUGAUACCUUUCAAUACAUGCUAGAGAUCAGUGAUGGUUACGCGACCAUCCGGUCAUGCUCAGCACCCAGCUUAACACACUUGUGGCUACGAAACAGGUUGCCGUGUGCGCCGUUAUUCAAGUGGAGAACUACGUCUGUCGGGCCGUCUGCGGCAUUCGGUCCGUCCCCCAGCUUUGUUACUUUAGCCCAGCUCAUCACGUCCAGUGUCGUGAUCAUUAAGAAGAUUGCAGCGACCGGAAUGGCGCCCUUAAUUGUGGGAAAUCCCCAUGCCAUUGACGUUGUCGCACUGUCAGACGAUCCGGAUGGAUUCAUUAUGGAAGCUGCUGCCUAUUUAGCGGGACACACCCCCGCAGAUGUUGACAAGUCAGAGACUGAUUCCACCGAAUCCCAGGAAAGGCCGCCUUCAUCCCAACCUGGGCUUGAUGGCGCCAUCGACGUCAAGCCAAGGUUUCGGGCCAAAUCCAUCAACAACAGCUUCUCCCUCAAGAUGCCGGCGUUAGACCCAGUUGAGUCAGACGAAGAGGGCAGGGAUGACCUUGCGGCCGAAUGUAUCUAUGAUCGCAAGCAUGGUCUGAAUGACGACACCAGCAGCGUGGAGGAGUGA